GAAAAAAAAAAAAACAAUCGACGGUUGAAACAACUGUGCCAUUGAAAAUGGCAAAUCUUGUAAAUUUAUGCAAAUGGUUUUCAGACCGUUGGGAAAUUUGAUCAUCCCCUACAUAUCAAAGAGAAAGAAAUAGAAAGUUCCUAAUCUUUGAGAAAUUUAUUUAUUUAGAAAUUAGAAUUAUAAGAAAGGAAAAAAAGAAAAUUGGGGAGAUAAUAGAGAGAGAAAGAGAGAGAGAGGAAGAUCAUAAAUUUCGCUGUUUUAUGAAUGUCUGAAAAUUGGUGCAAUUUUGCAUAGUCUUCACGGUAUUCCAGCCUCUGUUCUCUGCUUCUUCAAGCAUCGAUCCAGAGGCUGGUUCCGCAAAACAAGAGCUACCCAUUUUGAGUUUUGAGGGUUCUCUUUUUCUUACCCACCAGCUCUGGGUUUUUGUUUUCUGGGACAAUAUAGAAGUUUUUGAUUCUUAAUUUCAAGGGAAAUAAAGCUACCAUCUUUUGAUUUUUUUUUGUUGUUUUACAAUUUGAAAGUUGAAGGUUGUUGUAAAUUGUAAAUAUUGGUAAAAUUUUGGAAAAAUGAGUGUUGUUUCUGGGGUAAUAUCAAGGCAAGUUUUGCCAGCAUGUGGCAGUCUUUGUUUCUUUUGCCCUGGUUUGAGGGCAAGGUCUAGGCAGCCUGUGAAGAGGUACAAGAAAUUGAUUGCGGAUAUUUUUCCCAAAACCCAGGAUGAAGGACCAAAUGAUCGGAUGAUAGGAAAGCUCUGUGAAUAUGCUGCUAGAAAUCCACUGCGUGUCCCAAAGAUCACCAAUAAUCUUGAGCAGCGGUGUUACAAGGAAUUACGGAACCAGAAUUUUAAUGCUGUGAAGAUUGUCAUGAGUAUCUACAGGAGAUUACUGGUCUCUUGUAAAGAUCAAAUGCCUUUGUUUGCGAGCAGUUUAGUAAGUAUCAUGCACAUUUUGCUGGAUCAAACAGGACAGGAUGAAUUGCGAGUUAUCGGAUGCCAGGCUCUUUUUGUUUUUGUAAAUAACCAGAAAGAUGGAACUUUCAUCUUCAACCUAGAAGACUUUAUUCCAAAAUUGUGUCUGCUAGCUCAAGAAGUUGGGGAAGAUGAGAGGGGAUUUCGUCUUCGAGCAGCUGGGUUGCAGACUCUUUCUUCAAUGAUUUGGUUCAUGGGUGAACAUUCCCAUAUGUUAGCUGAAUUUGAUAAUGUUGUUUCAGUAGUCUUGGAAAACUAUGCUGUUCCUGGGGAUGACACUGAGCAACAGGGCACUGAUGGCGGAUGGGUGCAAGAAGUGCAAAAUGACGAGGGUCAUGUUACAGCUUCACUCGAUAUAUCAAAGAUUCCUACUUGGGGAGGAAUUAUAAACUCUAAAGGCGAAUUAAAUGUGACAGAGGAAGUUGCCAAGCACCCUGGAUUUUGGUCUAGGGUUUGCCUGCAUAACAUGGCUAAGUUGGGCACGGAGGCCACCACCACAAGACGUGUCUUGGAAUCUUUGUUCCGUUAUUUUGACAAUGGAAAUCUGUGGUCUCCGAAACAUGGGGUUGCUUGUCCUGUUAUAAGGGACAUGCAGUCGGUGAUGGAAAGUUUAGGUCAUAGUUCACACUUUUUAUUGUCGAUAUUGGUGAAGCAUCUGGAUCACAAAAAUGUACUCAAACGACCUGAGAUGCAGUUGGACAUUUUUGAGGUCACAACCUCCCUUGCUGAGCAAGCAGCGGUCGAGCCUUCUGUUUCUUUGCUUGGCGCUGUAAGUGAUGUUAUGAGACAUUUGCGCAAAAGCAUACACAGCUCACUUGAUGAUUCCAAACUUGGUGCUGAGGUUAUCAAAUAUAAUAGAAGAUUUAGAGAAUUAGUGGAUGAGUGUCUCGUGCAAUUAGCGCAAAAGGUUGGAGAUGCAGGUCCAAUUCUUGAUAUUAUGGCUGUCAUGCUAGAAAAUGUUUCAAGUAUUACUGUUAUAGCCAGGACCACAAUCGCAGCUGUGUUCCGGACUGCACAAAUCGUAGCUUCCUUACCAAAUGUAUCAUAUCAGCAUAAGGCGUUUCCAGAGGCUUUGUUUCACCAAUUGCUCCCAGCAAUGGUCCACCGAGAUCAUGAAACUAGAAUUGUGGCUCACCGUAUAUUCUCUGUUGUUCUUGUACCAUCUUCAGUGGCUCCUCGUCAAACUUCAUCUCUGCCUUUGUCUGGGAAGGCUGCUCAUAUACGGAGGUCUCUUUCUAGAAGUGUCUCCGUUUUUUCUUCCUCUACUGCUCUGUUUGAAAAGUUACGCAAGGAUAGACCAGGGAGCAAAGAGAACAUUCCUUUUGAGGGGGGAAAUAAUAAUAGUGGGGUGCUCAAUAGAUUGAAAUCAUCUUACAGUCGAGCAACUAGUAUUAGGAACCCAGUGCAUGUACCUACAGAGGAUAAUUCUUUGGGCAACCUGAACAAAGAAGUGGUAGGAAGUUCACUCAGGCUGAGUAGCCGACAGAUCAUUCUCCUUUUGUCAUCAAUUUGGGCUCAAUCAAUCUCUCCUGAAAAUGUACCUGAAAACUAUGAGGCAGUUGCUCAUACAUACAGCCUGGUUUUGCUAUUUUCCCGUGCCAAGAGUUCUAGCCAAGAGGCACUUGUUCGGAGUUUUCAGCUUUCAUUUUCCUUGAGAGGCAUUUCACUAGCAGAAGGAGGGCCUUUGCCACCAUCACGCUGUCGAUCACUUUUCACUUUGGCCACAGCAAUGAUCAUCUUUUCGGCAAAAGCUUAUGAAAUCCAUUCUCUCGUCUCUUGUGCCAAGGCAACAUUGAACAAUAAAUUGGUUGAUCCAUUUCUGUGUUUGGUGGGAGAUAGCAAAUUGCAGGCUGUUAACAAGAAUGCCACUAUAGAAUUUGGGUCCAAGGAGGAUGAUAGUUCUGCUUUGAGAUAUCUAUCAGAUAUUAUAUUUACAGAGGAUCAAACCAGGGAAUCCUUUGCUGCUGAAAUUGUUAGAAGUCUUGAAAAGAUGAAGGAUGCUGAAAUUUGCACUGUGAAGGAGCAAUUGCUUAGUGAAUUUUUGCCAGAUGAUGUGUGUCCCCUGGGAGCACAGAUGUUUGAAAGUCCAUCCAAAAUAUACGAACUGGAUGCCCGACAAAGUGUAUGCCAGGAUGAAACUAUGCCGCUCUUCACACUCGAUGACGAUUCUUUGCCUGAUAAUCAGCCCAAGCAGGAGUCACUAUUGACUAUAGAGAAUGCCAAUCUCUUGAGUGUCAAUCAACUUUUAGAAUCUGUCCUGGAUACAGCUCACCAAGUCGGAAGAUUUUCCGUCUCAACUGCCCCUGAUUUGCCUUAUAAGGAAAUGGCCAGUCACUGUGAAGCUCUUUUGAUGGGUAAGCAGCAGAAGAUGUCUCAUUUGAUGACGGCUCAGAGACAAGAAAAUUUAUUCAGCUUCUGUGUCCAAAACAUUGACCUUGAGCCGGACAAGACAGUACCUCAGUCACUGGGGGGAAAUCCUUUUCUGGAUGACAACGUAAUGGUUCCUACAUUCAAGGCAUUGCCACCUGCCCAUCCUGCACCCAUGCUAUGUGCUACUGAGUAUCAGCAACAGCCGCAGCACUAUAAGCUUCCCGCUUUAAGUCCUUAUGACAACUUCUUGAAAGCAGCUGGUUGUUGAUUAAAAUGCUCCCAGGAGAGCAGUAUAUAUGUAUACAUUCAUACUUCGUUGUUUCUGGAAUUGGUCAUGACAUCUUGGUCUGUCUCACAUACGGCAGGCGUUCUGCGCGCAAAGUAGCUAGAGAUCUCUAUCAGCUACUCCUGAAGCAGCUUGAAUAGUCAGUCCUAGAUUCCAAAAAUUCAAUUUAUUUUUUAUUUUUUGUUGGGUUAUUGAUAUGUUCUCCAGUCGAUACUGCGAACAGGUUGUAUCUUCUGGGUUUUGCAUGGUCAGUGUAGAUAUUACAGUAAAGAUUUACAACAGUUCCAUCUGUGAUGUAAGUUUCCGCUCUGUAAAAAGGAAACAUUUUUUCCGAUGAGUUUAUUGGUGUUGACACCAAGUGUUUUGUAUGUAUAUGAAUAUCAGAAAUUUUUGUGUAUAAUUUUGCUGAGUUCUGAUUAAAAGAAGCCAUUGAUUUCGCAACAUUGAAGUUGAGAGUGUCUGUCUCACUAUUGUUAAUGCUUUGAAGCAGCAUUUUAUGGGAACGAGCUCGUUGUUUUUAA